AUGACACUCAGCCUGUUCGGACUGGGUCUACUGACUACCGUUUUUAGCUUAUGGGGUAUUAUUGCCGUUUGGCUGGGACGCAAAUCGUUGAUCCAUGGGUCUUUCAAAUUUCCCAUUCAAUCCCCUUCCGCUCCGAUCCUUAUGCGCGGUCAGUAUGCGAUCACCAUCGGUGUGGUUGCGGUCGUACAAACUGCGUUUGCAUUGUUCGGUCUGGCUGGACAAAAUGAGAUACGCAGGCAGUAUGAUUCAUUUGUGAGACGGGCCGUGCAGAACUACAUAUCCGUGGAAAGUAAUGACAUCGAGUCACAGAUGUUGGCCACUUUGAUGCAUCUCGUAAGUUUCUGUUUCUUAUCCGGGAGACCUUUUUCAGUUUUACUCCCUUAUUUCCUCGAUCUGCCAGUGUGUACUCCAGAAGUAAUCCCGAUAGAACAAAACCUCUUAUUAUAA